AUGUCCGGUUUCACAGCGCGAAGAGUCGCUAUCUCUGACGAGUUUGCCAGAUGGCAACGAGGCGAAUUGCACGACAUGUCGCGCCGAGGUCAAUCAGAGGUUCGUAAAGAGAAGCGCACAGCAGCUUGGCGAUCCUGGACACGAGAUCAAAAGGGGCUGUGCGGUGCACGAUGGUUGACACGCAAGACGCUUGUCUUUGUGCUCUUCUUCUUUUUCGUUGCCCUUGCCAUCAUCCUAUUUAUCACUAUUCCCCGAGCACCGAGUUUCACUUUUUACGUCACGGAACCGUUCACCGUCAACAAUGGUACCAUUGCAUUCAGUCGGACGCCGACAAACUUCUCCUUUGCGGGUAAUUUAAACCUCUUUGCCGACUCCACCCCUUCUUACCUCCCCGUCCACUUUUCCAACAUCGAAGCUACGUUAUAUGACCUUUCCACUUCCGAGGUCAUCGCGACUGGCAACUAUGGCAAUCAUGUGAUUCCACGGCAACAAAAUGCCCCUGUGGUUCUCCCAGUGGAGUUCUCCUAUUCUGCCUUGAACAGCUCAGAUCCGACGUGGAACAAUAUGUACAACGCGUGUGGGCAUAUUUGGCCAGGUACAAAUAGAACUGGCCUCAUGCUGCAACUCGAGCUCCGGAUGUCCAUCAUUGGUCUGGUCACUCAUCCGUUCUCACAGACUCAGAUCAGUAAUGUCGAAUGCCCAUUUGAGCUGAGCAGUACGAGUGUUUAG